AUAUUAAAAAAAACUUAUUAAUUAGCAAAUAGUUGUUUAAAAUUCUUUUAAUCUGCGCAGUACGCCGCCACUCAUAUCAUGAACGAAACCUUAUUUGAAAGUAAGAAUUUCAAUGCGAAACGGAUAGUCCACGUACGUGGUGCAACCGAUGAAAUUUCUGCAAGACAAAUUUCGAUGCACGGUUUCUUAAACAGUUUCUUGGACGAUUGUUCUUAUUAAACAUGGCCUCUUCUGUAAAUGGAGUUAGUGCUCAUCGGAAUGACUACAGAAAGAGAGUUGUUCUUGGCCCCCUGCCAGAGGACUUCUUGCGUGUGAACAAUGGCUGCACUGAACGGCAGCAGCAGGAGCAAACUGAUCAUGCCAUGGCUGCUCAGCUGCAGAUGAUGAACAGGACACAGCCUGUUGUUGGGAGACUCCAGGUGACAGUAGUGCGUGCUACACUUCACAAGAACUACGGCAUUUCCCGCAUGGAUCCCUUUGCUCGGCUGCACUUUGGCCAGCAGGUCUUUGAGACCCACACUGAUCCCAACGGUGCCAAGAAUCCUGUGUGGAACAAAACGUUUUACAUUUACCAGUUGCCUCGCAGCUUCAACAGCUUCCUCGUGGAGAUCUAUGACGAGCGAACCCUGUCAGAUGACGAGAGAAUUGCUUGGGUCACCGUGCCUUUACCCCAAAGCAUCACCCAGGGGGAGAUUUGUGACAAGUGGUACAAGCUUUCUGGUCGCCUAGGGGAGGAAAUGGAAGGCAGCAUCCAUGUGAUCAUGUCAUAUCAGACGGGUGUGGCACCGCCCGCGGCGCCCAUGGUGAUGUACGGGGGCGUGGGGUAUCCCACGAUGACGCCCUACGCCUCCUCCGUGCCCGUCUACCAGAUGCCCCAGCCUGCCCCACGACCUGCACCUCCCCCCAUCACGGACGACGAUGUCAGGCCGCUGCUGGCGAUGUUCCCGAAGGUGGAGGCUGACGUGGUGCGCUCGGUGCUCGAGGCGUCCUACGGCAACAAGGAGGCGGCGGUGGAGGCGCUGCUGGCCAUGCAGCACACUGAAUCCUAGACUUGUACUCCACAACAUCGUCGCUACCUCUAACCUUAAUUUGAACCUCACUAUCACUUAAAAGCAGUUCUAAAAUUUCUAUCUUCUCCCAUUAGUUGAGACUAGUUAUAGCUUUAUAGCGACCACUGACCUAUGUUGAGACCACACAGGUUCUGCAAAUUGCCUCCGACAACUGCGGGGCUGGAUUGUGUUUUGUCCGAAAUCUGAUUUGUCGGUCCCGGUACUCAGGAGGCGCCUUGUUAUGUAACCGCGGAUUCGGUGCAUCUUAAAGUAUUUAUUAAAGGUGGAUGCGUUUAAAAAGUCUUCAGGUGCUUGAAUUGUAUUCUCGUCCUUUAUACGACCAAACACUAGUCACUUGAGUCUAUGGUGGUAAUGCGAUUUGAUCGACUUCUGUGCCUUUUUUGAUUAUAAAAUAUAUGUUUUAUGCGCGCCUAAAUUUCUAUGUGUCUAAUGGGUUUUUGUAGGAUUUUUAAGUAAUGCGCCUUUUAAAUCUCGUGGGGCGAUAGAGGCUCUCGAUGCCUUUUAUAUACAUCAAAGCUUUAGCGUUUUUCCUGUAUUAGUAGUAGUUUGUAGAUCGAACUUUAUUUGUUGUUCACAGAUAACCCUGAUUGAAGAAACUGGUUAAUAGAUUUCCGACGAAAUAAGACGUGCCAUUCAACACGUGCAUUACCCCUCACUGCGCCAUGAGUAUAGAAUUAAGUUGAUAAUUUUAUCCCAAUGAAUGAAACAAUUAGGCUUUCUUAGGGAAAAAUUACAGACUUACUGCAGAAAGCUUCAAUGAUGGCCCGAAUUCUCACCACUGGUAGCUGAGCCUUCCAGGGCAACGAGAAACGGCAUGCGGUUGAGAUUCUAAUCAAAAUGAAAGUCAUCAUAAAUUAAGAUAAUUAUUUCUUAUUCUUUUUUGCGCUUGUGCAAAUGAACCUUUCCUUGCGGCCUACAUUGUGUCUCUUCACCUUCUCUGGUUAAACCGAUAUUGUUGUAGUCUUUUUAUAUUCUCUGGAUUCAUUUUUAUUGUUAUUAAAUCCUAAGUUUUAAUCAUAGUCGAGUUUUAUCGUGAAUGCUCCUAUAUUUCAUUGAUUAUUUCACAUCAAAUGCUUCCAUUAAAUUGGACUUGUGAAGAAUCGUGGAUCUUGGUAAAAUUAUUUGCUGGAUAGUAAACCUGCAUUGAGUUCCUGGCUUGCCAAAGGCAUCGAGAUCGCCUCGGAAUUUCGAUGUCUUUCUGAAGAUAUGAAAUUAAUAUUCUUUGAGUGGAGUGACGCAUAAAAGAACGGUUCCGUAAACAGCCGAUAAUUUUUUCAAGUAAUUAAUCGCAAAGAGCCAAGAGGAUAUUAGAGGAAAUAAGUUAUUACUGUGCGUAUUAUGUAAGCUCGUGUGUCAUGAUUAUUAUCUUAUCUUGUGGGCUCAUAUGCAUAUGGUUUGUUGCUUCACUAUUGCGCCAUAUUUAUAUAAUUUGCUUAAUGUUAUCUCUCCUUAUUAAAUAUACGCCAUAUUUUAUUACAAAAUGUUGAGUUGUUGCACAUCGUUGUGUAUUGUUCAUCGAGGUAAUAUAUUGCAAUCCUAUUAUAUUGUAGCUUCUUGCGUAUUGUACUUUAUUGCUGUCGUAUGCAUUUAAUUCAGAGACAUUGACGUGUAGCUCGCGAAUGACACAGUGAUCAAAAAGUGAUAUUUUUGUAAGCAGUCCGAGUAGUGAAGUAGAAGUAUUUUUUCCAGUAAUCAAAGUAAUCCUACUCACUUACACGAUUAGUUCUAAAGCGAGUGGAGGACCAUUUUUAUUUAGGAGCAAUGUGGUUUACCUAUUAAAUGUUAUUGAUA